AUGAGACCGACGGGCGAGAAGAGCAACGGGCUCGGCGCGUACCGCGAGUACCCGGACGCAUUCGUGCAGCGCGGCCUCGCCAACGAGGGGCUGCGAGACUGGCGUGGCGCCCUGAGCGACUACGACAAGGCGGUGAGCCUGUGGGGCGGAGCGGGCGACGGAGUCAACCCCUACACGCUGACCUACAGGGCGCGCGCCAGGGCAGAGGUCGGCGACUACGAGGGCGCGCUCUCCGACUACCGCGGCGCGUCCUCCAUCUUUUCCCGCGUGGACAAGAACGUGGAGCAGUCGUCCUUCGCGCGGGCGGGCGAGGCCGUGACGCUCUACGCGCUCGACCGGCGCGACGAGGCGGUGAGGGUGGCGAGGCAGGUCGUCACCCGCUUCCCGGGCCUGACGGACCUGCACGUCCUGCUCGCCGCGGACGCGUGGGACCGGGGCGAUCGCGAGAAGGCGAUCAAGGAGUGGUCGUUCGCUUGCGACGCGAUCUCGACGGGGUGCGCAAAGUAUCGCGACGUCAAGGAGGGCGGCUGGCUGGUGGAGGUCAGGCGGUGGCCCGCUCCGCUCGUGCAGAGGCAGCGCACCUUCCUAGAGGAGUCGCAGGGCGGGGUGAUGAUGGGGGCGCGCGCCGCAGGUAGCUGA